AUGGAAGGUUCAUGUGUUGCUAUAUGUAUAUAUGUACAUAUAUUUUUUUUUUAUACGAGUUCGUGACCAUUAAUACAAUAGUAUUAUAGGUAUAUUGUAUACUAAACCUGCGUAAUACGUUUACACGUGGCGGCUCCAGGUCACAUCCAGCCGACCGACAUCCGGCGGCGGGUUAGACGGAAAACGUCCAUGUACCCACUCAAAUAUUUUUUAUUGAAAUUGUACCACACGCCGCACGUACAAUAAUAAUAAUAAUUAAUAGUACCGUCUUAUCUUUAUUCAAUACCAGAGUGGAGUGGUGGUCGCGGCGGUCAGCAGCAGCUGCAGUCGCUACCCCGUACAAUAUUAUUAUUUCUUUCUUUAUAUUUUUUAUCAUAUUAUUUUCGUGCGUGCCUACUACGCAGUUGGUAUUCCGUGAUGCGCGCGCUCAACUCUGCAGAUGAAGUAAUAGUAAAUUUCUGUAGUGUAUUACAAUGAUAACAGUCGUGGUGAAUACCCCGCUUGCGUCGCGUCCUUGUUUUUUUUUUCACGUUCUGACCGCAGUCGCCCAAUAGUGUUUUAUCCUUUUUAGCCAGGCACAGACAUGUCGAAAAUUGCGUGAUUAUGUGACGUCCUGAUCGCGUACAGAAGAGCACUGAGCAGCAGUUGCAGCCGGCCGAACUUUGAUUUUUUUUUCAGCCGUGUCUUGCUACUAAUGUUUUUUACUGGAUUAUUCUGCGCAAAAUGGUUAAAAGGUAUUUAGCAUUUCAUUAUUUAUUGGUUGAUAAUAAAAGGUACAGUUUUUCAAUAUUAUUAAUGGACAAUGGUCAUCGGUAAAUAUUAGGAACUUACUUUAUUAUACCUACUUACCUAGCUUUACAAAUAUUAUAGGUAUAUGCUGAUAACCUAUAUUAACUAAAUGGUUUUUUCGUGAAUGUAAUUAACGGAUUAAACUAUUGAUUGCAUUCAUAUUUUUUGUUUGGUACCUAAUAGAUAACUUAAUUGACCAAGUUGACUUAAGACAACUUAAGAGUUGGAAACUUAUAGAGGUUUUAGCCAUAAUCAUAACUGAUUGUAUAAAUAUAUUUUAUUCUUAAUAAAUAUAGACCAAUUACCUAUUAUCGAACCAAGUAUGAAUAUAAACAAAAAUAUACUAAAUACCUAUACAUUUUAGCAGAAAUGUUUUUUCUAUGGAAUCAAUAGAGCAAUCAACAUUUUAUUUUGUAUACACAUUACACUUGUAUAUUUAUAAUUAAAAUAUUGGCAUUUAUAAUUUUAAUCAUACUUCAAUUCAACUACCUAGGUUAGGUAGAUUGAUCAUUUUUAAACAUUCUUAUAUUUUCUUAUGUUAAUAUUAUCUAAUGGUAUUUUAAUCUUAUGUAUCAGUUUAAAGUAUUAGGUUACAGAUGAAUUGCAUUAAUAUAUCUUAUUCUUCUUAGUAUAUCACUAUUAAGAUAUAACUAUUAAACAUAUUUUCUGCCACUGCAUCCCGUCCAUUGUCAAAUUAAGCCAAUCGGUUCCCAGUUUUAACCUUUUGACAUCAUUUUUCACCUCAUACAUAGAAGUCUCUAGGAAGGGUCACUUUCUUCUUGGAAUUUUAAAUUCUACUAACCGUAAUUGAGCUUUUUUUUUCAGCCUAAUGUUUUAGUGACCUUUUCUUCUCUUUUGAAUCUAAAAGCACUUAUCUCCAGGUGUGUGUGAUUAUGAUCUAUCGUCUUUUUUUCUAUACUAUAGAGAAUUAUCUCUAGAAUGAUCCUAUACCUAGAGUCUAUAAGAUAUUUUGUUUUAUUAGCAUUUAUUAUUAAUUCCACCCAGUUUGCUGCAUCUAAUGGUUUUUCUGUUUAUUUUAUUAGAUAUUCCAUUUCCUCUUAUUAAGACAAUAUCAUCUGCAAUACUCCAAAUAUUUGUUAGUCUAAUUGUAUUCUGUACCACUACAUGGUUCUAAUUAACUAGUCAUGAUUUCUGUGUGUAUGAUACUUGUUUGCAUUAAGUUAAUUAAUAUCUGUGAUAGGCCAAACUGUUUCAGUAGGUAUACUAUAAAUAGACUUCCUGGCUACACUGUCCCAUAACUUCUUAAAAUCAAUAAACAAUACAUUAUUUUACUUCCUUGUAAAACUUCUUUUGAAACAACUGUCCCAAAACAAAUAUAUAUUUUGACUAUGCAUGUUUUUAUUGAUUUUAAUUAAUAAAAAAUAAAUGAUUUAUUUUCAGAUUAUUAUUUAUAUUUUAUUUUAUUAUUGGCAUGUAUACAAUAUAUAUAUAUAUAAUUUAAAUACUCGUUUAAAUUUAUUCUUUGUUAUUUAUUAUGUCCUAGAUGUGGUACAGUAUACCAACAAUACUGUAAUAAUAAAAAUAUUAGGUAUACCUAUAAUAUUAUAGUUACAGUAUUUAGAACUAGGAGGACAACUGCAUUCUGAAUGCUGCUUUUAAUUUCAAUACUCCAAACCACAAACAUUUUUAAAAUAAUGAACAAAAUACCUUUAAACUUUAUAUCUAAUAUGUAUUAUAACCAUUAGCUUAGUUUGGUUUAACAAAAAGUGUACAAUUUUUACAUACAUUUUACAUUACAGUAUAAGUCACUACUUAAUGGUAUUCCUUAUCAAAGAUGUGCACAUUUUUUUUUUUAACCAAAAAUAGCUAUUGAUUAUUGCUAAAACUACUCAUAGACAUAAAAAUAAUUUGUACUUAUGACUAUACUUAAUCUUUAACGUAUCAUAUUAUAAAUAAUUAGGGUUUACAACCUGUGAUCUGUAGACCACUAGAAGUCUGCGAAACUACCUUUAUUAUCUAAAAUAAAUAAAUAAAAAUAAGAUUGACAAAGGUGUAAUAAUAAAAACUAUAAAAGAUAAAUCCCAUAACUGGUAAUUUAAAUUGAAAACUAUGAAUUAAUAUUGACUAAAUUAACCAAUAUAUCAGUGGAAAUCAUACAUUUUUUAAAAUUGAUACCGAUAAGUAAAAUCAUCAGAAAAUCGAGGUGGUAUGCAACUCAUUGAAAGUUUUCUAAGUGGUUUGUUGUGUUAAAAAGGUUGGGAACUCUUACUCUAAACCUAUUUUAAAGACUUUAUAUUAUCUGAUAUAUAUUUUAUUUAAAUACUGUUUAAAUACAUAUUGUUCUGUUAUUGAUUUGUUCUAGAGCUGAAAACAAUGAAACAAAAAAAAGUGCUUCAAAACAUGAAAAUGCUGUAAAAUAUGGAGAGUUAAUUAUCCUAGGGUAAAUUAUAAUUUCUUAACCUUCCUACUGCUAUUUGUUUAUUUUUUUUUUUUACAAAUACCAAUUUGUAAUAUAUUUUAAAUUUAUGUACUUAAAUAUAUAUUAUUUUGUAUAUUUAUAUAUUUUAGUUACAAUGGUCAAUUAGCAACCGGGGAUAAACGUAGGCGGCGUAGUAAAUUUGUCUUAUGGAAGCGAGAUGUACCCAAUGGUAUAAAACCAUCCAACCACUAUGUAGUGCCAAGUCCGCAAACAUCCCAAGUAUGUUGUAUUAUUAUUAUACAUUUUAAAUAAAAUAUUAAAUCAUUACAAGGUAUUUUUCUAACAGUUCAAUAAGGUAACAAGUAAAUUGGAUUUACAUACUGAGUAUUUUGAUGUAUAGAAUGUAACAGGACUAUUUGACAGAUUAAAUAACUUUUUGUCUACUAAAUAUUUUUAGUUGCACUUUGAUGUUUAAGAAAUUAAGUAUAAAGAAACUUAGAAUUGAAUAAAAAAAAUCUAGAGCUAUUUUGGAAAUCCGAUUUUUAGAAAAAUGUUGGUGUCAACAACUUUUAUUAAGGUCGAGUCAAUUAUUUUUAAAGUUUUGUGAAACAUGAUAUUUUAUUAUAAAAUUGUACAAUUUAAUAAUCUUAUCAUAUUAGUUUAAGCCGGGAGUCUGUUAAACACUUAUUAUUUAUUGUUAGUAAAAUUAGUAGGUAAUAAAUUUGAACCUAAAUAACAAACUUUUAAGAAUUAAUUUAUAACAAAUUCAAUUUUUUAAAUUUAAAGUAAUAAAAUAAAAUAUAGAAAUUAUAGUUCAGAGCUGGUAUUCAUUACAAAAAAAAAAAAAAGUAUUAAGUAAAAAAAAUGAUUACAUUAAAUAGUCCUGUUAUACUCUGUUUAUUAAAUUUAGUGGAUUGGAAUAUUAAAUAAUGUAAUUUUAUUUGUUUAAAAGUCCAUGUUCAUAAUGCAUUGCAGUGUGUAUAAGAUAUAUAUUUUAUUAUAUUUUAGGCCGUAUUGGAUAAAACUAAACACUCCAUUUCAUAUACCUUAUCUAGGACGGAAGCUGUUAUAGUUGAGUAUGUUAAUGAUGAAAAUACAGAUAUGUUUCAAGUAAUUAUAAAAUAAAAUAAUAUUUAAUAAUAAUUGAUUUUUAUAUUAAUUAGAUUAAGAGUUGGAAUACAUUCCUCUACGACCUUUACUCCUAUAAUAUUAGUUUUAACGAGCAAAACAAAAAAAAAAGAUACAGACAGAUAUACUUUGCAGGAUGAGUGGGCCAAUGUAGUAGGUAAGAAGUUGGGAAGGUAGAGCAAAAAUGUGUAUGUAUUUGUGUCACAAUAAUUACCCAUUGUUCAUGAAAAACAAUUUUGAAUGGAGUUAGGUUAUAGCGUAGUUUUGUAAUAUUUACUAAUUAGGCCAAAUUUUAUUAAAAUUUGAUUUAAAUAAAAAAAUAUUACAUUUAACUCAAAUUUUUUUAUUAACCACAAAGCAAAGUAUGAUUUAUAAUGAACCUCCUGUUAAAUUUAAUAAUUUUAUCGAGUACCAACCAAACAAAAAUUACAUAAAAAAUGUAAAAAACUUGUUGAAAACUACACAUCUAAAAGAGGCAAAUAUAAGUUUUCUGUUCAAUAUUUGAGACUACAAAUAUUUUCAACUGAAUUAAAAUUCAAUUAACAAAGUUAAAAUAAUUCAAAAAAUUGAAAACAAUAAUUUUUUUUAUUUUCCUUGUUUUUCUUAAGGUCUCCCCCAAGUUUUUUCCCAUUUAUUAUGAAACUGGUUGGUAAAAUCAAAAAUUAAUCUUCUUAAAGUAUUUUUUCAGUCAAAUUUUUUUUUAGAAAGUGUUAUACUUGAAUAUCAGAGUGAAAUUUCUGGUAGAAAAGUUGUUCACAGAAAAAGAAAAUAAACAUUGUAAAACCAAUCCAUUCCUUGCUCAUGAUUCAAAAAAUAGUUUUUUUCAACUAGACUGACACUUAUUAAUUUAGAUAAUAUUUAUUACCUAUGUAUUUAUUAAAAACAAAAUAAUGUAAACAAUAAGAGCACUGUUUUUUAUUCUUAGUUAAAUAAUUAAUUUAUAAUAUAUGUUUUAGGUGGGCCGAUCAUCUGAUACACCGAUUGAUUUUGUUGUUAUGGAUACAAAUGCUGAUAAAAAUGUUACAACUGUUAAUAAUUUACCCAAUGUUGAUAAUAAAAAAGGACCUUCUGCUAGUACUAUUUCAAGGUUCGCUUGCCGUAUAAUAUGUGACAGAAAUAAUACAAAUAUAGCUCGGUUAUAUGCAGCAGGUUUUGAUUCAUCCAGAAAUAUAUUUCUAGGGGUAAUUUUUUUUACAUUUGUAUUUUUAAAGCAGUUGGUUUUGAUUUAAAAUUUUAUAUUGGGUUUUCUGUUAAUACUAAAAUUUAGGAAAAAGCAACCAAGUGGAAAGAUUGUGAUCAGAUUGAUGCUUUAACAACUAAUGGUGUUUUAGUAAUGCAUCCAAGUGGGAAGUUCCAUAUUGGAAAUACUAAACCAGGAAUUUGGUUAGAAGUGUCAGUUUGUGGUAAACUUUUCUCAUUGCGAGGUUCUAGAUCUGCUCAGAAUAAAGGUGAUAUAGUAUGUAAUUGAACUUUUUUAAGUUAGGUAUAUAAUACAUACAAAGGUAUUUAUUAUUAUUAAUCAGUACAUUUUUUAAGGUUAAUGAUUCAAACAACAUUUUAACAGACGGAACUUUGAUUGAUUUAUGUGGUGCAACUUUGCUUUGGAGAUCAGCUGAAGGACUCAGCUUAUCACCUGUAAUAAUAUUAUAAUUUAUACUAAUAUAUUAAUUGUUGUACAUUUUUAAUUAUGACUGAUUUAAUAUUUUACAAUAUGUUUAAAGUUAAUUUGAGUUAACCUUUGGGUGUGCCUCAGUGUUUACACCACACUUUUGGAAUAUUUAGGAAUAUUGAUUAAAACAUUUAUGUAGUUUAUUUACUGUUGUAAUAGGUAUUCUCUAAUUACUUAUUUAGAUGAAAUAUAAUACAGUCUAUAGAGUUUUAACAUAUUCAGGCAAUAAAUAUUUAAAUAUUUCAAAUGUAGCUGUAAAUGAUUGCAGUGUAAAAUACCAUAGUGCACUCUUGUGUGUGCGACAUCAAUAAGUGCACAUACCCAAAGGUUAAAUGAUUGUGUUUAAUAUUUUAAUUAUUUAAAUUUAAAAUAAAUAAUUUGCUAACAAAUAAAUUAAAUUAAUAAUGUACAUGGUUCAAUUUUUAGAGUAGAGAUUAUUUGAAGAAAUUGAUUGAAAGAACGAAUCGAGAACGACCAACGUGUCCAGUUGGUCUUUAUACUUUGGUGUUCCCUCAUCAUUCAGAAACUGAUACUGCCAGUGUAGCUAGUACAGAACUUGUUGAGGUUAAACAAAAACAGCCAUAUGUCUACUUGUCUUGUGGACAUGUUCAGGGUAGUCAUGAAUGGGGUUUAAAUAAAGACUCUAAUAAUAGAACAUGUCCAAUGUGCUUAAAAGUAAUUUAAAUAUUUUUUAAACAAGAAAUACAAUUUUACUAUUUACAUUUAAUUUAUAGAUUGGAGGAAUUGCUAAAUUAAAUAUGGGAAUUGAAGCUUCGUUUUAUGUCCAGGAUAAAGAAAAACCAGAUUUAUAUGCAUUUAACCCAUGUGGACAUGUGGCAACAGAAAAAACAGUGAAGUAAGCUAUAAAUGUUCUAAAUAUAAUUAGUUUUUUUCUGCAUUGAUGUUUAACCCCAAACUUCAGUUUUGAAAAUCUUUUAUAAUAUCCUAUAUUAUAUAGGUUUAAUUAAUUCCAGAAUAAUCUCUCACUUUCAAAUUAUUGAAAUUUGUGUCAAUAUUUUUGUAUUUUAUUUUUUUUAGUAAAUCAUAAAAAUAUUCAAAAAGUGGUUAAAUAGUUUACUUUAUAAUUAUAAUUUUUUUAUUUGUCUGUAGAUUUUGGUCUAAUGUAGGAAUUCCGUAUGGAUCGAAUGGCUUUGAAGCCUUGUGCCCAUUCUGCGCUACACUACUGGAAGGCUAUCCCGGGUUCAUAAAAUUAAUUUUUAAUUAAGGGAUAUAAUUAUUUGUUCUUAAAAAAACUAAUUGAGUCUCCUUAUUAGAAUUAAUUUAUAUUUUUCCUCAACCUUUAUUUAGAAGAAUUAUAUUUUAGGGUCAUUUAUAUAUUUUUUUUUUUGCAAUUUUGAAACUCUGGUAGUUUAUAGACAAUUUAGAAAAUUGUACUGCUAUUUAAUUUUUUCUUUUAAUUUUUUGAUCAUUGUUAUCCAUAAUACUCUUUUCAUAUAGUAGAUAUCUUAAGAUUAUAGUAUGAGAAACAUUUUUUAUAUAGUUACAAUCUCAAUAAAUAGUAAUUUUAAUUAAAUAUUUUGAAUUUUUAAAGAUCUUAUUAUAGUUUUGUUUAUGAAUAAUGGUUGAAUAAUGUAAUUAUGGUAUUACUUUUAAUAGCAUUGUUUGUUGAUUUUACUUUUAAAAUUGUGUUUUAAAAUAAUGCUAGUUUUCAUGAAUAUUAUUGUUCAAAUAAUAAUACAAUUUUUUUGUGAGGUGUGGUUAACUUAAAUAUUGUAAUAUAUUUGUGAAUUUGUUUCUGUAAUAAACUUACACCAUUAAAAACAUAAUAUUAUGAAUUAUGAUUUAUUUUCGUUAUAUUAACAUUAAAAUUUCAAAUCAUUUAAUACUGUAAAUUAUUGGAAAUUAUAAUAUUGCGUUAAAAUUAUUUUAAUUGGUUUAAUAAUUAAUAUACUAUACAACCAAAAGAAAAUGUAUUCAACUAUUGAUUGGAAUUUAUGUUAUAUAAAUGUAUCAUAAACUUUUUUCAGCAUUUACAGUACUUUAUAUUUUGUCAUUUCCAAAAAUGCACUGAAGUUUAUAAAUUUAGUCCCAGGAAAGAAGGACUUGAGUCAAUUUUAUAGUUUUCAAUAUAGGUGCGCCUUCUUUACCAAUUAAAAAUACAGUGACUCAAAAUAUUUUUAUUUUCAGUAAAAUAUAUAUAAGGAUAUAAUAUAUUGUACACUUAGACCAAAAUAUAAAUAGGAAAAAAUGAGAUUUAAUUAUUAACAAAAUUAAUAAAUAUUGACUUAAGCUUUUUUUUCCUGAGAUAUAAUGAUUCACUAGACAUUAAUUAUAAUAACUAAUAAAUUAUUUUAAAACUAUUUUAAAAAAAUCAUUAAUAAUAGUAUUAAAAUAUUUUAUAUUUAUAUAGGUACUUAUAUUAAUUAUUAUGUACUAAAUUUGUCUUCUCUUGUAGUAAAUUAUGUAAUAAAAACUGUCAAAAUUGCUAUUUGAUUCUAAAAUUAUUAAUGGUAAUAGUAAAAUAUUAAAUUGUUAAAAAAACCGCAGCAUCUAUGAUAGGUGUUUAAGUAAAAUAAAAAUUAAUUUUCACAUAAGUUUUUCAAUUACUAAAAUUGUACUUAAACAUUUUUUUUACAGUGAUUACAGGUUAAUAUAGG